GGGCGGGCAGCGGGGCGGGCCCGCGGGACUCGCCGCCUCCCGGCGCCUCGGCGCGGGCUGAGGGGAGCGGGCCGCCCGCCGCCGCCCUCCCGCUCCCUCCUUCUCUGCCGGAGGAAGGUAAGGAGCUGCCGGCACCGGGAAGGACUCGUGGUGGCGAGGCGCGUCUCGCCUGGAGCGUGGGUCCGGCAGGCGGUGUGUCCGGUCGGUCGCGGGAAGAGAGCUCCAGUGGGGUGAAGGGGUCCGAGAACCAUCGCGGGUGUACCCAAAAACCAAYUGUGCAGAGCAUGGAGAAUGAUGAACUUCCGCCAGAGGAUGGGCUGGAUUGGUGUGGGGCUGUACUUGUUAGCAAGUGCUGCAGCUUUUUAUUACGUCUUUGAAAUCAAUGAGACUUACAACAAACUAGCACUGGAGCACAUUCAGCAACACCCCAAGGAGCCACAGGAAGGAACCACAUGGACACACUCCUUAAAAGUACGACUGCUAUCCUUGCCUUUUUGGCUGUGGACGAUAAUAUUUUUAAUACCAUAUUUACAGAUGUUCUUGUUCCUCUAUUCCUGUACAAGAGCUGACCCCAAAACUGUUGGGUAUUGCAUCAUUCCUAUCUGCUUGGCUGUUAUUUGCAAUCGUCACCAAACAUUUGUGAAGGCUUCUAAUCAGAUCAGUAGAUUACAGCUGAUUGACACUUAGCUCAAGUUCUACUUUCUGUUACUGUUUUGAAGCAAUUGCAUAUGCCUGAUCUAAUCACAAGACUGAAGUUCUGAGUGAAGGCCGGAAAGAGCCUUUUCUUUCAAACUGAUAAGCAAUGAAGAGAGUGACUGUUUUCUAUUUAAAACAAACAAGUAACUACAAAGGUUUUUAAUUAUGCGUCUAUCAAGUGGCCAGAGUUGGGAGAGCCCUGUGUGACAUGUGAUGGAAGUAUUCCUCAUUUUGCCUUAAUGAUGCAAAAUUGCAGCACUCCAUCUGAAAUGUCCUGUGGGAAACAAGUUUCUGGUCUUUACUCCUGUGUGCAAAAGAGUGAUUUCCUGUAUUUUCCCUUGGAGUGAAAUCAAUGAAAAGAUACUUCUUUGUGGUAAAUGUAAAAGAAAUUGAGAACAUGAUUAUAAAAGCUGCACUUAACACAAUUCUUUGCUUUUUCUUUUUUUUUUUUUAUUAUCUACGUCAGUGCUGUUUUUAGUAAUUUUUUUUAAAAUCAGUUUAGAUACAAAAACAGGAAGCAAAGAAUGAAGUUUGUGCAAAUAUUUAAAGGGAAAAAGUACUUAUUUUCCUGUGGUAGCCUACUUGUUUUCAGUUACCACAACAGACCUACACUGUAGUAGGUAGGCAGUGAGAAAUGGCAUAGGCCUGGAGCUUGGUGCUUUAAACUGCUUUCCUGUGACAUCAAAAGCAGCCUAUGCUGCCAUUGGCCUGUAGCCUGCACAAAAAUUCUUUUGUUUCCUUCUCCUAUUAUCUCACUUGAUAAAAUUACAAGUUACUGAAAUUUAUGAUUCUAAUUUAUUCAUUCUAAUUUCACUCCAGACAUCAUGCAAAACCAUAUUCCAKGAGAACUGACAUAUUAGGAAAAACUUCAACUUUGGGAAAGGUAACUGGUUGAGGGUUGCUACAAACAGGCUGUAAGUCAGAUAAUCAUGUUUCUUCCAGAAAUCCAAAGAAGUACGAUACCUUCUCAUUCUUGUAAUGAAUGCAAAUUUCUUCAGUCAUACUGAAAUUCCUCUGAGAUUUCUUUGCCAUAAUUUCAACCUCUAUUUUUCAGUGCUGUUUUUGAAUAGCAUUUAAGUCUAACUGCUGUAUUGUGUAUUUUGAAUAAGACUGAAUCUGUUAUUUCUUUCUAUUGUUUUUGUUUCCUCUUAGAAUAACUAAAUUUUUGUCCCAGCCAAGAUGGAARUAACAAAUAUGAAAACAGAGCAAAAUACACUUUUUGGAAGCAGUAGGCUCAAAAGAAUUAUGAGCUAAACUCCUUGCUAUAACUUCAACUGUAUGUGAUUGUCCAGACCCGAUCAUCACAAAUGCUAAUUAAUUUCUGACUGCUUUAAGGGAAUCCUGGAGAGUGUCGUCUUUCUCUUGCUUUGCAAAGAGAACGCUAUUUUCAGGGUUGCUGUGUUUAAGCAUGGCAGUUUACAAAAUCUUAAACUUUGUUUGCACUUAGAGAUACUUUGAGACUCUGGUUUCAAUUGACAGCGUCGGUGCUAGGACCUGAAAAUAAUGUAGCCUUUACAAGAAGGUUUUGAGUUCUAAGUGCAAUGUGAAAAGGAGGAAGCUGCCAUCGUAGUGUGCUGGAGUAAAUUGUAAACUCCGAUGAGUCGUUAGUAUCUUGGAGAGUCUGAGCUUUUGAGUUGUGUUGUUUCUCAACUUUUAAAAUCACCAUGCUAUUUAUCUAUAAAAUAAAAACUUUUCAAUGUUUAUAAACAGAAGUCUGUCAAUGCAGAUAUAUAUCAAUAGCUUUUCAUUUUUGUUGGUUUUGGUUUAGUGGGGUUUUUUUGCAUGUUUGGUACCAAAUAGCAGUGCAGGUUGUCAGUUGCUGUCGCCUGCUCUCCCGUCCUUCCCUCAGUGUGUGUGUUCAGUUCAUCUUUUUUUGUCCUUUUAUGCUCUGUGCCCUAAUCACUUGUUUGUAGUCUGAAAUUCUGGGGCUUGCUGGAUGAAACAACCCCUUUGUAAAAGAUACCUCUGGCUGGACUGUUUUUAACUUGAUGUUGUAGUUUUAAACUGAGCMGUUAUGUUGUAUUCAGAUGGAAUUAUUUAAAGAGCCAAGAGCAUAAGAGGAAGCAUCAAAAAUAGAAAAYGAUAGAAGAACUGUCUAAUUUUCUGUUGUGCAAGCAUGUGACCCUUAGCAAAUUCACCAGCAUGCCUGGUGGGAUGGGCCAGGCUGUCUAGAUGUGCUGGAACACAUGCUGGGCAUGAUGGGGACUUGCAGAAUGGAGGCUUAUGUUAGUAAACCUUUCCACCAAAAGCCUGGUUUUGGAUUACUGCUGUUGACAAGAUUGUGCUUUGCAACUAACUAAGAAAAACAGUCUAAUUCAAGCAACUGGUAUGUGUGUGAGGAUUUGAGCUUGAAGUGGAAAGCAGCAGUGGAGAGAAUYAGACUAUUAACAGAUUAUACAAAUACUAGACAAUAGGAAUUGGAGAAGAGCAAAGUUAGUUCUCCUGGUGUUUGCAGCAUUUUUGGCACCAGAAGAACAUCAACAGGUGAAAUCUUACCCGCCGGGUAAGUCAAGGGAAGACUACAAAAAUUAAUGAUGAAUUUAUUUUUACUGUAGUGUUUUAAAAGAAAAGAAGUAGUGAAAUACAUUUAGCUUGAUUAUUCUGAAAAUUUAUAGGUACUGUCAAGGCUGAUUAUCUGAGUCACCAAAGAACUGCCUGUAACAGAAAAUGACAUUAUCUACAAACUUUUGGAAUAACCAAGCUUGAAGUUUUGCAACAUUCUGAGCUUUAAUUUUCUGCCAACAACGUGAAUAGCUGUAACACAAAGGUGAUUAAUAAUCAUCUGAUGCCACCUACCCUGGAUUUCUUUUUAUUUGUGUCACAAGAUAAAGCAUUGUCAGACUGCUUGAACAUCACUUGAGCAGUCUUAGUUUUUUUAGCUGCUUGACCUUCACCUGACAAUCCCUUCCCAUCUCAGGAAUGUGUCUGCCACAUAUUUUUAAGUGCUACUGUGCCUGUUCUUAACUGCGUCCCAUGGGAAGCAGGUCCCAUGAGGAGCAUAAUAUGAGGCUGCAGCCCUUCAAACUUGGACAGAAGUUGCAAUAAAAUGUUCUUUACGACACAUUUCUUCCAGCAGCAAAGUUGCAAGUUUGAUUUCCUUUUAAAAUUAAAAAUAUGAGGAUUGAUUUAUCCUUGGAACAUACCUUUCCAGUUGGUGCAAAAUGCAUACUAACUCUCCUUAUUUUCUCUUGC